GUGACCCAUACCGUUCGCCAACAAAACUCCUACUUUUAAAAUCAGCUGGUACUAAAAAGUUAAACCCCAACUGACUUACUGCAGACAAUUGGGUGUCAUUGCCACUGAUGUUUAAUUAAGUUUCCAAUCCAGAUAAAUUUCCAUAUUGCUCUUUGACUCACCAGACCAGAGAUGCUGUUAAUGGUGGGGAUGAUUGAAAUGAAAUGUACAUACUUUGGAUGCUUUAUACAUAUGGCCAAUUAGACCUCACAACGCAGACAUGCCCAAAGUGUUGAUAACUGGUGCAUCGGGAUUGCUAGGGCGAGCGCUGGUGAAGGAAUUCACCAAGGCAUCGUGGGAUGUGGUAGGUCUGGCCUUCAGCCGAGCCGGGGGUGUUCUGAAAAAGGUGGAUUUGAGAGAUGGCGUUGCCGUCAAAAGUAUCAUCUCAGAUUUCAAGCCAGAUGUAGUCAUCCAUUCGGCAGCUGAACGGAGGCCGGAUGUUGUUGAAAAACAGGCAGAUGAGACCAAGAACUUGAAUGUUGGGGCAACGUCGACAAUAGCUUCCAUUUGUGGUGAGAUUGGAGCCUACAUGAUCUACCUGAGCACAGAUUACAUUUUUGACGGCAAGGACCCGCCAUACAAAGUCCAGGACAAGCCGAACCCACUCAAUAAGUACGGCCAAUCUAAGUUGGAUGGAGAGAUUGCUGUGCAGGCUAACACUGCCUGUCCAUCAGCUAUCUUGCGAGUUCCAGUGCUGUACGGUGAGGUGGAGUAUCUUGAGGAGAGUGCGGUAACCGUCCUUUUCAAAGCUUUGCUGGAUAGCAGCAAGGAGGCAACCAUGUGUGCCUAUCAGCUUCGCUACCCAACCCACGUGCAGGAUGUUGCGCUGGUCUGCAGACAGCUAGGAGACCUCUACCUUAAGAAUCCAGUCGCCGCUAAGGGAAUCUUCCAUUGGUGCCACAACGAGCAGAUGACCAAGCAUGACAUGGCCAAAGUCAUGGUGGAUAUCUUUGGUCUGAAAGCCGACCACAUGGUAGCCAAUCCCAACCCUCCAUCUGGAACCCCCAGGCCGUAUGACUGCCGUCUGGACUGCUCUAUUCUAACCAGCCUUGGGAUUGGUCAGUUUACAAAGUUCAGGGAAGGAAUUGAGCCAUGCUUGAGACCAUUCUAUGAAAAGAAGUAAUGUUUUCCUACUGAAAGGCUCUUUCUACAUUAACCUUCCCUUCUUAACCUGCUGAAAUCCAACACUUGAGAUAUUAAUUGAUUUGAUGGUUUCAGAACUGUAUAACCCUUGCGUCUUUCAUUUACAUCAGUGUGGAAUCCUGAUUCACUUUAAGUACAAAGAUUAAGAUCAACUGCUCAGUGUUCAAUUUUUGUGGAUUCACGAAACUUCCCAGAGCAAAAAAUGCCGAGGGACUCUGGGUUAUUUGAAAAGACCUUUUACAACCUUGUCAAAUACAUGCAUCUCAAAAACUAAAUGAACAUAUUGUUUGCACAGAGGUUAGUUGUUGGUGUAAGGAUAAUGGGAAUGCCUUUAUAUGAUACAAUAAGUGACAAUUUCUUGUACAAUAACUGUACUGAGUCCUUAAUUAAGUCAACAAACUAGGAUCAAAGAGAUAACUGCAUGUAGAGUAGACGUGUGCUUUUAAUGGAUCUGCAGUAACAGCGAACAGUUUUACACAGUGACAGAGAUAAUUAAAUGUAAAUAUUUCAAACUACUGAAAGAUUUUAUUUUGUGCAACUAAAUUCAUACCUCAUGUUGUCAUAUUUCAGUCUUCUCCAAACUUUCAACAUUUGUUUCACUCCAUCUUCUACUGUUUGUGGUUUACAUAUCCUUGGAGCUCAAGACGUUUUGCAUUGAUUGAGACCUUCAUUUCAAAAAUGUGCAUUGUAUAUGACGGUAACUAGCCGUGUGGACAAAAUAUUCCCUGGAACAACACCAGGAAAACCUGCCAUAUACUUGCAUAUUACAUUUAAUGUAAGUAGUUCUGUUGUAGCUGUGAAGAUAGUACAAGGGGACUGCUGGUGUCAUUCUCAAAGACUCUAUAAAGCCAUAGGCGGAGAUUUUUUGUCACGUAAUGGAGGGGGGAUUUCUGAAAGCUCGGCACGGCCUCCAUCCCAAGUGAGACUGUGACGCCGGCAAGUACAUAGUCAAUGGUGCAGGCUAAGGGUGCGCAUAGUCAGUGACUUGAAAGGGGGGGGGGGUUAAUUAUAUUGGUACACCCCCCCCCAAAAAAAAACAAAGUGGGGAGGGGGGUAUAUCCACUCCAUCCCCGUAGGAUCUUUACCCAUGGUAUAUGCCAGACACCUUUUUGAUCAUGACUUCAAAUUAAGAUCAAGCAGUUUUUUGGGGGAAUUUCUUUUUUGUGUGCAUGCCAGCUAGAGUGCCUGGAUCUCAGCAUUGUUACAUUAAUGUUUUUCUGCUUUACCUCAUUGUGAAAAGAAUUACACAAAAACAUUUCAACAUGCUGCAUUUAUGGAUAGAUUGAAUAACUAUGAUGUGGUAUAAGGCCAUUCAAGUUCCACUUUGCAGUGGUUCGCGGAAAUAUUCCCUUUGAUAAUUUUACAGUGGGGUCCUGUAUGCAUAAACUGGCAUGCAUGAUUUGACCUUUGGUCACCCGUGUGAUUGACUGAAAUUAUUGAAACUUGAUAUAUGAAUAUAUAUAGCCAUGUCUUCUGCAUUCACAAAAGUGCAAACCGUUUGGGAAAAAUGUUUGGAAAAUUAUUGUGCAAGUAAAGUAAUUGGUAUUUUACUUUACCAUCUGUAGUUAAAUCUGCACCAUGUACGGUCAGUGAAAAACUUGAAAACCUCUCCUCAUCCCUGGAUCAUAAACUGGACAUUUGAUGAGAGUAGUUUGUCCCACUGUUAAUUGUCAAAUCAUCCCCAGGAUGUCACUCAGCAAGCUAAUAAACGGAAACAACGGUAGUGAAGUACAGUUCCCCACCAGGCAUUGUAAAGUGACUUGAAAAUGAAAGAAGUCAUAUUUAUGGAGAGUGAUUGGAUAUCUAAAGUUUAUUGCAAGUGCAAAAUGAGUUUAGUCAUAUGUUUAAUUUGCUAUGUAACCUUUUGGGAAAAAAUCAUAUAUUUCGAUUCUGAACAUGUAUAGGGUUGGAAAUGCGGAUGAUUACUAAAAAAUCCUGUAUGGAUUUUGAGAGUAAAUCUACAUGUUUAUUUCUAAGUGGGAGCACAGAUGGGAACAGUUGCAGUAUUGGCUUUUAUUGUUGAAAAUUCUGUUGAUUGUGGGCUUAUAUCUGGUACAUUUCUAUUGAUUAUUAAUAUUUUACUCCUAGAAAUACACAAAUAUAGAAAUAGAUAUUAGGUUUGUGUUACUUGAAACUAAUGCUAUGGUGAACAUUCUUGUUGGAAUAUUUUUCUACGGUUUAAUUUUCAUCAGGAGUAGACUCAUAAUGAAUUCAUUCUCAAACAUUUUUUUCUCUUUGACAGUUCAAGGGUUUUGAGCAUUAAAUGAAUAGAAACAAUAA